AAAAAAAAAAAAAAAAAAAAAUCUUCUUUCUGAAAUCAAAAGGCAAAGAUUGCUUGAAUUUCGAGUAUAGGGGAAGAAGAUCGUCUGAUGAUUGGAAAUUUCCUGGGGAAGGUAAUCUGGCGGGAUAUCCCGAUUUUGAUGUUUGGAUUACGCCGUAAAUUCGGAAACGAUACUCUUUGAAUCUUAAUUCGGAAAUUAAACCAUUAGGGUUUUCGGUGUUUGCUUUCUUCUCCUUGGAGCUGCGAAAUUAGCAUACAAUCGGUUUCUGCGAAUUGGGUUUUCUUCGAUUUCAUCUGCGGUCGCAUGUCAGGGGAGAUCUUGCUUGAAGGCAGAUAGGGAAGAAAAAAGUUUGAAGCUUUCUCCGAUCGGACCCACAAUUCUUUGGUAUCGUUCUAUUGAUGAAUCUUGUUCAACAUCUCUGGUUGGUCUUGUGUUAUUCAGAUUGGGUCUCGUGUUAAUCUGGUGAUCGUCGAUUACGGGUUUAAUCUUGGAUUUCACAGUGGUAGGUGAUUCAGGCAUGGUUAAUAGUUGGAUUAGGAGUUGGGUUGUGAUUGCGACCUUGGUUUCUCAUUGAGACAAUUCUGGUGUUAACUUUUCUGUCUGGUUUGAGUUUCUCAGUGAGGGGGUAAAGCUAAUAAUCUCUGAACCAGGAACAGUUUAGGCUCGGUCUUAAAAAUGUCUCUUGGUAUCCAUCUUUCUAGGAUGAGAUAAUAGAACGCAGGCACGCACACUCCGAGUUGGUGUAGAUGUUUGGGAUUAUCAGAAGGUCUUUCAUCUUGUUAGAUUGAAAUUUUUUCUGAGGGUGAAUCAGUGUGAAACUUUUUGAUUCUGGGCAUUGAAGGUAUACCAGAUCAAGACACCGACCAGUGUAAUUGCAUUUGGGUUUUGAUCGUUUGGUGCUGAGUUUUAUCGAAAUGAUCUCCCAGACUUCAAUGCUCAUGCAGCAUGAUGGUUUGGGAAGGUCUUAGAUGGAUGCCAGAGGAGAUAAUAAUAAUAGGACAUUAUCUGAGAUAGUAGGUUUGAUAAAGUCCUGGCUCCCCUGGAGAUCCGAGCCAGCUACUGUCUCCCGGGAUUUUUGGAUGCCUGAUCAGAGCUGUCGUGUAUGUUACGAGUGUGAUAGCCAGUUUACCCUUAUCAACCGUAGACAUCAUUGCCGUCAUUGUGGCAGAGUCUUUUGUGGAAAGUGUACGUCAAACUCGAUACCCGUCCCUUCCAGCGACUCGAAAACUCCCCGUGAAGAGUGGGAGAAGAUUCGUGUUUGCAAUUACUGUUUCAAGCAAUGGGAACAAAGUGAUGGCGGACCACGGGUUUCAAUUCAGGCAGAACUUAGUACAUCGCCUUCAGGGACAAGUUUUCUUAGCUCACCCUCCAGUACUACAGCCAAUAGUAGCAGCUUUGCUUUCGGCUCGAUGCCAGGCUUAAUUGGACCUUAUCAAAGGAUUCAACGAAAUUCUGAUGUCAGUAAACAUAUGGUAUCUGCAAUGGAAACAAAUACAAUCAGGCAAGGCAAAGCAACUUCUGGGAGGAGUAGUUUCGCUGCCACAGAUGUGGAAGACCCAUGUCGCUUUACUUCAAACAGGAGUGAUGACGAGUUUGAUGAGUAUGGUGUAUACCACCAUGAUAUGGAGACGAGGCUUUCUCCUCGAGCUAAUGUAUAUUAUGGUCCAGUUGGAUAUGAUGAGAUGUGUAUUGAUGAUGGCUGUAAGCUGCAUCACAAUGGAGAUGCCGCUGACCAAAGUUUAAGUGGCUCUCCCCUCAUUCAUAGCUGUUUCCAGUCUCUAAGUUCAGACGAAACAGAACAGUUCCAGAAGAAAGAUGAUAAGGAUGGUGGACCUUCCCCUGCAGAUACUUCAGAGGAACCUGUUGAUUUCGAGAACAAUGGACUCUUGUGGGUUCCACCCGAUCCGGAAAAUGAAGAAGACGAGAAAGAAAGCGCCUUGUUCGAUGAGGAUGACAACGAGGGAGAUGCCUCGGGAGAGUGGGGGUAUUUACGCCCUUCCAAUAGUUUUGGGAGUGGAGAGUACCACAGCAGCGGGGACAGAACAAGCGAGGAGCACAAGAAGGCUAUGAAAAAUGUGGUUGACGGGCAUUUUAGGGCUUUGAUAGCUCAACUGUUACAAGUUGAAAAUAUCCCUGUGAGUGAUGCAGAUGGAAAAGAGAGCUGGUUAGAGAUUAUCACCUCUCUUUCUUGGGAAGCUGCUAAUCUGUUGAAGCCCGAUAUGAGCAAAGGCGGUGGGAUGGACCCGGGUGGCUAUGUCAAAGUAAAAUGCUUAGCCUCUGGUUCCCCACAUGAGAGCAUGGUUGUGAAGGGAGUUGUUUGCAAGAAAAAUGUGGCUCACCGACGAAUGAGAGCAAAGAUUGAAAAGCCUCGGCUGUUGAUCCUGGGCAGUGCCCUCGAGUAUCAAAGGGUUUCAAACCAGUUGUCAAGUUUCGAUACUCUAUUGCAACAAGAAAAGGAUCAUCUAAAGAUGGCCGUGGCAAAGAUCCAUGCAGAACGUCCUAAUAUUCUCUUGGUAGAGAAAUCAGUUUCGCGAUUUGCACAAGAGUACCUUCUUGCCAAAGACAUAUCCCUUGUUCUAAACAUUAAGCGGCCACUUCUAGAUCGCAUUGCUCGGUGCACCGGUGCUCAGAUAAUUCCUUCUGUGGAUCAUCUCUCCUCUCAGAAACUUGGUUACUGUGACAAUUUUCGUGUGGAGAGGUUUCUUGAAGAACAUGGUUCGGCUGGUGAAGGUGGGAAGAAAUUAGUGAAGACAUUGAUGUAUUUCGAGGGUUGCCCAAAGCCAUUAGGGUUUACGAUUUUGCUUAGGGGUGAUAAUGGAGAUGAGUUGAAGAAAGUGAAGCAUGUCGUCCAAUACGGACUUUUUGCAGCUUAUCAUUUGGCUUUAGAGACUUCGUUUCUUGCUGAUGAAGGAGCCUCUCCCGAUCUUCCAUUGAACUCUCCAAUAACUGUGGCACUUCCCGAUAAAUCUACAAGCAUCGAACGUUCAAUAUCUACCGUGCCUGGUUUCUCUGUCUCUACAGUUGAAAAAUCACUUACAGUUCUAUCUGGUGAUGUACCAUUAAGGGCAAAUACCGUCCCGGCAUCACAGCUGGUGUCAUCCAUCAGCAAUCUCUCAGUCCAACAUACCGAAAUGGAUAGAGAUCCUCAGAUACCCAAUACUUCGAGUUGGCAGCCUCGAGAAGUGAAUCCCGUUUUCAUUGGUUCCCGCCCUGCUGUUUCACUGAAUUUGCCUGACCGUGUGGUAGAGGGCAGAAGUUCAAAUUUCUCCGUAAGAUCUUCAAUGGUGGAUGCACCAGUAGAGAACGUUAGGCCAAACAUUGCAGCCGCUUAUACAGCUGACAGUUCAUUUAGGUCAUUACAUUCUCCGGAGCAAGCUGUUGUUCCAGAGAGUUCUACCAUUGAUGUUGGUUCAGAGCUUUCAACUGUGCAACAAGAGAACAGUGAGAACCAAAAGGAAACAGAAUCUCUGAAAGAGGAAUUCCCUCCAUCCCCUUCUGACCACCAGAGCAUAUUGGUCUCUUUGUCAUCCCGGUCAGUGUGGAAAGGAACUGUAUGUGAGAGAUCCCAUCUCUUUCGGAUAAAAUACUACGGGAGUUUCGAUAAACCUCUGGGUCGGUUCUUGAGAGAUCAUUUGUUCGAUCAGAGUUAUCGAUGCCAUUCAUGUGAGAUGCCAUCAGAAGCACAUGUUCACUGCUAUACUCAUCGGCAGGGCAGCCUCACAAUAUCGGUAAAGAAGCUACCGGAUUAUUUUUUGGCCGGAGAAAAGGAAGGAAAGAUAAACUCGAUUAUUCGUGUAGUGAUGUCUGAUGCCGCUUGGGGAUUAUCCUUCGGCAAGUUUCUAGAGCUCAGUUUCUCAAAUCACGCUGCCGCAAGUAGAGUGGCAUGUUGUGGCCAUUCCCUCCAUAGGGACUGCCUCCGUUUCUACGGAUUCGGGAACAUGGUCGCUUGCUUCCGGUAUGCAACGAUAGAUGUUCAUUCGGUUUAUCUCCCGCCUUCAACACUUAAUUUCAACUAUGAGAACCAGGACUGGGUUCAGAUAGAGAUAGAUGAGGUGGUGGAGAGAGCAGAGCUUCUGUUCUCUGAAGUGUUGAAUGCUAUUAGUCAAAUUGCAGAGAAAGGUUUGAAAGAAUCCAGGCGCCGAAUUGGAGAACUUGAAGCAGCACUGCAAAGAGAGAAGGUGGAAUUCGAGGACAAUAUGCAAAAGAUUUUGAAGAGAGAAGUGAAAGAAGGUCAACCUCUAGUCGACAUUCUUGAGCUAUACCGUAUCCGAAGGCAGCUGCUUUUCCAGUCGUAUAUGUGGGAUCACCGCUUGAUUAAUGCAGCACAUUUAGAUAGCCUCGAGGCUGGAAGUAAUGCCACCGAAAGAGAAGAACAUGAGAAACCCUUGGCUAAGAGCCAGACGCUCCCAGAGAUGAAUGCCGGGACCGAUUCUCUUUAUCUGAACCCAGAUGGUGAAUCUGCUACAAGUUUGGAUCUGAACCGAGAGAAAGAAAAUGAGGGAAAUCUUACAUUACCUGAUGAAUCUGAUGCUUCAGAAAGUAAGCUUGAUGUUCGGAGGACACAGUCAGAUGGGGAGAUCGUUAUGAAAAAUUUGUCGGCCACCCUUGAAGCGGCAUGGACAGGUGAGCAUCGUGCCCAAGUUGAGAUUCCGAAAGAUAGUGGCAACCUCUUGCCUAAUGUUGCAGCCUUAUCAGACUCUUCGACUUUACCUUCUUCGGUGUUGGACCUCUCGGAACAGCAAAAUGAAUUCAAGGUAUCUCGUCCCGUUUCACCAGCUUUACCGAGCAAGAAUUAUGAGAAUUCAGAAGAUUCUGUGAGCUGGUUAGGUAUGUCGUUCUUCAAUUUCUACCGUUCCAUCAACAAGAGUUUCCCGGCCAGUAGUCAGAAGCUCGACACGUUAGGCAGCUAUAGCCCGGUCUACAUCUCAUCGUUUAGAGAAUCGGAACUUCAAGGUGGUGGACCUAGGUUACUUCUGCCAGUGGGUAUCAAUGAUAUCGUUGUUCCGGUUCAUGAUGACGAGCCCACGAGUAUUAUCGCCUAUGCACUGAUGUCACCCGAGUAUCAUCGUAUAAUUUCGGGUGAAGGGGAAUCUCUGGUUUCAUAUCCUUCUGAGCUGAGUCUCUCUCGCUCUGUCGACGACACGAUAUUUGAUCCGAGCAGAAGUCUUGGCUCGGUUGAUGAGAGCAUACUUUCCAUGUCUACUUCUCGAAGCACGCUCCUUCUGGACCCACUCUCAUAUACAAAAGCUCUGCAUGCCCGAGUCUCGUUCGGAGAGGAUGGCACGCUCGGGAAGGUGAAGUAUACGGUCAGUUGUUAUUAUGCGAAACGGUUUGAAGCACUACGGAGUGUAUGUAUACCCUCGGAACUCGAUUAUAUAAGGUCUCUUAGCCGGUGCAAGAAAUGGGGUGCUCAAGGUGGAAAGAGUAAUGUCUUCUUUGCGAAAACCCUAGACGAUCGGUUCAUCAUCAAGCAGGUUACCAAGACAGAACUGGAAUCGUUCAUCAAGUUCGCGCCUGCUUACUUCAAGUACUUAUCUGACUCUAUCGACACGAAAAGCCCGACCUGCCUUGCGAAAAUCUUGGGAAUUUAUCAGGUCGCGGUGAAGCAGCUUAAAAGCGGGAAAGAAACGAAGAUGGAUGUUUUGGUUAUGGAGAAUCUUCUGUUCGGAAGAACUGUGAAAAGGGUAUACGAUCUCAAAGGAUCCUCUCGGGCACGAUACAAUCCCGACUCUUCCGGGGCAAACAAAGUCCUGUUGGAUCAGAACUUGAUUGAAGCAAUGCCAACUUCUCCGAUUUUCGUGGGUAAUAAAGCCAAGAGACUGCUGGAAAGAGCUGUCUGGAAUGAUACUGCUUUCCUUGCACUAGUCGACGUGAUGGAUUACUCGUUGCUCGUGGGAGUGGACGAAGAAAACCACGAGCUGGUACUUGGAAUCAUCGAUUUCUUGAGGCAGUAUACAUGGGACAAGCAUCUAGAAACUUGGGUAAAAGCUUCUGGAAUCUUGGGAGGGUCCAAGAACGAUUCACCAACCGUGAUUUCCCCGAAGCAAUACAAGAAACGAUUCAGAAAGGCGAUGACUACUUACUUCCUCAUGGUUCCCGAUCAAUGGUCGCCGCCCAAUAUCGUCCCGAACAGGUCAAAGUCUGACCUUCUGGAAGAAAACUCUCAGACUGGCACUGCAGCCGAGUGAUGUCUGAUAUAUAUCCAUCCUGUAAGUUUUGUGAAGGAAUGGUUCUUUUUUUUUUUACAAGUGGGAACUCUAUUCUUCGGCGGGGAAUCUUGAUUUGUUUUUUUGAAGAUUGGCUAUCCUCUUCGUUUCGGGUAGAACUUUUUUUUUUUUGUGUGGCAAAGGUUGUGUUUAGAUUUUCGCCAUUACUGUAGCUUAGGAGAUGUCUGAAAUCCCUGUGGAAGAGAUGAGAUUAUUGUAUCACCUUCUCUUCUUCUCCCAUCGUUCAAACCAUAUAUAAAACAGCUGUUUGUACAAAAAUCUCAUUUGUUCCAUGACCUUAUAAGACAUUUCCUGUGUAUAGUGGCAACAGUAUCUGUGUUUUGUGAAA